CAGCAACCAGUGCACAGUGUCCACGGAAGGAGUUUUGGUAAAAAUGGAGCAAACUGAAAAUAAUAAUUUUCAACUAAUUUAAUAACAUAUUGUAUUGGUAGUGUGUUUUUCUUUUUAAUUUCAGUAGGUCCGUUUUAUAAAGAAGAGGGAAUAACUUCCUACAAAGUGUAGCAGAAGAAGAUGCCGCUUUUUUUCAUUUAUCGCCGAAUCAGUAUGUAUAUGAGGUUUCAUAGUUUUUUUUUAGUUCUGUAGUAUAUAGACAUGCUUAUUCUAUUUUAUACAAUCAAUGACCAAGUGAUGAAUGGUAUUUCUAUUUAGAUAAGAGAAAAAUUCUAGAAAAUAUCUGUAAAAUCCCAUCUUAGAAGUCAUGCAACCAACAAUGUGUUUCCACUUUAUGUUAUCAAAAUUCGGGGUCAUUGUUACUGUGAUGACAUUUUGCUCAAUUUUUGUGUUUGAUUAAAAAAAUAGUUUUGUCACUGAUUUUGUUAUUAAUUUGUAUUUGUUUUUAUAAUUUUUUUUAUUGUAAUUGUGUAGAUACAUUUUAAUUAUGCAUAAUUUUUGUGAAUUGUUGUGAAGUGUUGCGAAAUCAGUAGAUAACUCAACUCAAAAAAUGUUAUUUAUCAAUUUAUCCAAACGAUAGUCUUGUAUCUGUAAAGUGUAAACAAGGCGGAAAUGUUUAUUCUCGUAUUUUUCCUGCUUGUUAGUAUCAACAAUGUUAGGUUAUAUUUUACAAAAACUCAAAACUAAAAAAGUAUUUUUUAUCAUAAUAGCAUCAGGAACAUCCUUUUAUAUUUUCCAGAGUUUUUUUGAGUAUUAUUUAGUUCAUAAAAGGUCACAAUAUCCAAUAAUUGUGUGGUGGACUCCAUUCAUGGGAGAAAAUGAGCAGAUUACCGCCUGUCCCAAGUAUAAUUGUAUAUUAACCAAGGACAGGAAAUAUUUAAACAAUACAAAUUUGCAAGCCUUUUUAUUUUAUGGAAGUAAGUUCAACAUCAGUGACUUACCGAAACGAAAAGACAAAAUUUGGGCCCUUUUUCACGAGGAAUCGCCGAGAAAUAUAGCACUUUUCUUGUAUGAGAGAACCUUCGAGGUUUUUCAUAUAACGGCGACUUUCAGCCGAAAUAGCGACUUUCCGUUGACUUUGCAAUAUUUAGAAGAAUUAAGUUUACUUACAGACACUCAGUAUUUCGUGGAUGUGAAAGAAAAAAAUAAAUUAUUAGACAGUAUUGCCCCAGUAUUGUACAUACAAUCCGACUGUGAUACUCCAAUAGAUAGAGACGCUUAUGUAAAAGAACUUAUGAAAUAUAUUAAAGUUGAUUCAUAUGGGAAAUGUCUAAAAAACAAGGAAUUCCCCCAAGAAAUUUCCGAAAUAUACUCCUUGGAUCUUUACAACGAAAAACUGCUCCACUUUACGGCCAAAUAUAAGUUUGUGAUAGCUUUCGAAAACGCAAUUUGCGACGAUUACAUCACUGAAAAAUUAUGGCGGCCUUUAAUAGCAGGUUCAGUCCCAAUAUAUCUAGGAUCUCCCAGUGUUGAGGAUUGGUUGCCUAAUAAAAACUCCGCAAUAUUAGCAAAAAAUUUUCAAAGUCCGGCAGAACUUGCAAGUCACAUUAACAAAAUUAAUAACGAUGAUUUCUUAUAUGAGAUGUACCAAAGACACAAGUUUGGAGAAGUUGAGAACAGUUUUCUUAAAAGUUUCUUAGACAAUAGCCCGUUUGGAAUUGCUACUGGUCAAGAACACUUAGUUUCAGCGUUUGAAUGUUUUGUUUGUGAACAGAUUUAUAAAGGGUGUGAAAAACGUGUGUCAGAUUCUGUUUACAAUUGUCAGAGACCAAGUCUGGGAAACAGUUGGGAAUACUUUUGGCAAUAUGGAGAUUGUCAAUCAAAAAUGUUGGUAAAUUUUGUUAAAAACGAUGUAAUGGUAGAACCAGAUGUUUGUUGAUUAAUUGAUGACAAAUACAAAUUGUAUAUUUUUAUUAAGUGGCAUAACUCUGCUAUGAAAAAAACCUAUGUGAAAACAAUGUUACGAAUACUCAAUUAUUGCAAAUGAAUAUUAUAAAAUAAACUAAAUGAGUAUAA